GAGGUGUAGAUGACACAGCACCUAGACUGACCCAGCUGUGCCACACCCAGACUGACCCCCAGGUGGUGCAGAGUACAGGCAACAAGAUGUUCAUCAGGUUUAAAAGUGACGUCUCCGUGAACGGACGUGGAUUUACUGCCACGUACCAGUCUAAAGAUGGAGGCUGUGGAGGUAACUACACCACCCCGACAGCCACCAUCAUGUCAACUAACUACCCCAACAACUACCCCAGUACCACAGACUGUCUGUAUAAGAUCACUGUACAACCCAACAGAGUGGUGCAGCUGACCUUUGAAGAUUUUGACGUGGAGACACACUCCAACUGCUCCUAUGAUUAUGUAGCCCUCUAUGAUGGCCCAGAUGUGAACUCCCCGCAAAUCAUGAUCCACUGUGGCAAUGCCCUGCCUAGCCCUGUCACCUACAGGAGCUCCAGUAACCAGAUGACUGUCAGGAUGAAGUCCGACGGCUCCAUUACAGCUAAGGGAUUCAAGGCCACUUAUGUGACAGGCUGUGGUGGAAUGUUGAGUGCAGAGACGGACGGCGCCAUAACUUCCCCCAACUACCCGAAUGCCUACGACCACAACAGUAACUGUUCCUGGAUUAUAACCACAGAUCAACCAACGGCCAGGGUGACCCUGAUCUUCACUCACAUGGACCUAGAGGACUACGCUAACUGCAGUGCUGACUACGUCAUGGUUGCCGAUGGCAACAACGCUAAUGCUCCAGUCCUUGGAACGUAUUGCGGCACACGCAUUCCACCUGCCAUUACGUCAUUCAGUGGUGCCCUCUAUGUGCAGUUUGUCAGUGACCAAUCAGUUGGUCAAUCUGGGUUCAGGGCAAUAUACAGCAAAUCGUCCUCCUUCUGUGGUGGAGAUCUGACAUCCCAGCAGGGAGCAUUCAACAGUCCUGGCUAUCCAGAUAACUACCCAAGGGAGACUGAGUGUAUCUGGACUAUCACUGCCUCCCCUGGGAACAGAAUACAACUGGCUUUCAGCAUGUUUAACCUUGAGAACCACUACCUGUGUAAUUAUGACUAUGUGGAGAUCCGUGAUGGAGGCGUCAGCGGUGAUCUGGUUGGGCGUUACUGUGGCACCAAUACACCGUCUAACCUGACGGCCAGUAACAGCCUCUGGAUCAAGUUCCGCUCCAAUCAGGCCAACAAUGGUCAGGGCUUCAUGGCUGAAUACACCACAGUAUAUGGAGGCCAGAUCUCAGGUACUUCGGGUCAGGUGGCGUCCCCUAUGUACCCCAGCCCGUACCCACACAAUACAGAGGCGGCCUGGGUGAUUACUGUCCCCUUGGGUCAAGUGGUCAGGGUGGCAUUUGAUGUCCUGGACCUGGAGACCAGCGGAACCUGCUACUUUGAUUAUGUUCAAUUUCGGGACGGAGGAGCUGCAGAUGCACCACAAAUUGGCAAAUACUGUGGCACCACGGCACCAUCACCGUUUACGUCGACAGGGAACCAGCUGUAUGUGGCGUUCAAGUCUGACGCCAGCAGCACUGGACAGGGGUUCCUGUUUAACUGGCAGGCAGUGUCUACUGUGAUCACCACCCCAUCACCAACACAAGCCACAACACCAGUGCCUGGUUGUGGAGGUGAACUGAGUGCCAGUGAAGUGGCCAACACUGUGGUCUCUCCAGGAUAUCCCAGUGGUUAUGUUAAUAGAUUAAACUGUGUCUGGACUAUACGCUCCACUCCAGGAUAUAAGAUAUGGUUUAACAUCACCUUUAUUAACCUGGAGGCACACUCUGCCUGCAACUAUGACAAACUGGUGCUCUAUGACAAUGAUGCUGCAUUUGGUCGAGUCCUUGGCACAUUCUGCGGCCGCCAACCAAAUACUGAACCUGUCAUAGCUACCUCCAAUGUCAUGACUGCCAAGUUUACAACUGACUCCUCUGUUACCAGGAUUGGCUUUGCCGCCAGUUAUAAGACAACAUGUGGUGGUGUACUUGAUGGACCCACAGGGGUCAUCCAAAGUCCAUCCUACCCUAACAACUACCCCAAUAACGCCAACUGUACCUGGGUGAUCAGAGUGACCAAUGGAAGGACCAUUAGUGUGGAGUUUGACACCUUUAAUAUCCAGUCUACGUCCUCCUGCAGUGGGGAUGGCCUUAUGGUGAGGAGUAANAACUACCCGCAGCCUUACCCUCACAAUGUGGACUGUAUCUGGGUGAUCACAGCGCCAUCGACGGACCAAGUUCAGCUGGACUUUGUCGAUGAGUUUAACAUCGAGCAGCAUUCUCAAUGCCAGUAUGACUAUGUGCGUGUGAGAGAUGGAGGCACAGAGAACGGACCAGAACUUGGCACUUUCUGUGGCAGAACCCGUCCCAGCACUGUACGUUCCACUGGAAACAUUAUGUAUGUCCGCUUCAGAACAGACGACAGCGUUCCCAGGACUGGGUUCAAGGCACGCUACCAGAUAUCCACAUGUGGAGGCACUAUUAACGCAGACUCUGGCAGUAUCAUGAGCCCUAACUAUCCCGACCCCUACAGUAAUGAUGCCAACUGUGAGUGGUUCGUUAACGGCCCUACUGGACACUACCUGACCUUCACCUUUGAGGCGUUCAAUCUGCAGCAGAGUGAUAACUGUGUCAACAAUGAUUACCUGCAGAUCAGAGACCUGAACAGAACAGGUCCAAUCUUAGGGUUCCUGUGCGGCACUUCUCUCCCUGCUCCUGUGAGGACAUCUGACAGUUUUGCCUACUUGCAGUUUAAAACUGACCGCGCCACGACAGCUCAAGGGUUCAAGGUCAACUUUGAGGCCAGCGUUGAAGGUUGUGGUGGAGAAUUAAACACCCCCACUGGGGUCAUCACCAGUCCUAACUACCCCGGCUCCUACCCUCACUCCAGGACCUGUACCUGGCUGAUCACAGUCGCACCUGGACGUAGAGUGUCCCUGGAGUUCACUGACGUCAACAUUGAGGCCCACUCUAGGUGUCGAUAUGACUAUAUUCAGGUUUACAAUGGCAUCAUGCGUGAGUCACCCAGUCUGGGGUAUUUCUGCGGCACCACCAACCCAGGAAUCAUGAAGUCCUCUGGAAACACCAUGAAAGUAGAGUUUGUCACUGAUGGUUCCGUCACCAAUGGAGGAUUUAGGGCACAGUAUACGUCACAGGAGCCUAUCAAAUGUGGUGGCGCCAUCACCAAUGCAAAUGGCGCCAGUGGCACCCUGAUGUCCCCUGGUUUCCAGAAUGGCAACUAUUCCAACGACGAGCAGUGCGUCUGGGUCCUGACCAACACCAAUGGUGGCUACAACUCCUCCAUUGGUUUGCGAUUUACUGCAUUUGCGUUGGAGGAACAUGGCAGCUGCAACUAUGACUAUCUGGAAAUCAGAGAAGGCACUGAUCAAACAGGUACCUUGCUUGGUCGUUACUGUGGCAACACCACAAUUCCCCCACGAAUGGUCACUCCCAGUCCGUAUCUGUGGGUCAUGUUCCGUACUGACCAUUCCAUAGUGGACGCAGGGUUCUCCUUGGACUAUAACUUCACGCGUUGUGGUGGAGUACUGCUGUCACAGCAGGGGGUCAUCACUAGUCCAAACUAUCCCAAUAACUACGACCACUUUGACCAGUGUGGCUGGGAGAUCCUGGCCCCAGAUAAUUAUCAGAUUAUUGUUGAGGUCACUAAUAUGAACAUAGAAGAUCAUGACAAGUGUCAGUAUGAUUACCUGGAGAUCUUCAAUGGCGGCACUGCAUCAUCGCCCUCUAUUGGCAAGUUCUGUGGCUCAUCCCCUCCAGAAUCAUUCCGCUCACAGAGUAACCGCCUUCGUAUAGAGUUCCAUGCAGACUCCAGUGUGUCUGCGUCGGGAUUCCGGUUGACAUACAGGAUGGAUGGUGGAGGUUGUGGAGGCACACUGCAUGGUAAGAAAGGGUACAUCAGCAGUCCUAACUACCCUAACCGCUACCCACAUAAUGUGGAGUGCAUGUGGGAGAUCAACACUGACCCAGGAUACCAUGUGCUCCUGGACUUUAACUCCCCCUUUGACCUGGAGAAUGCUGGGAACUGUAUCUAUGACUACGUGGAGGUAUCUGAUUACAUAGCCAAGAAUGAUUCAUGGAUACCAAUUACUCGCUAUUGUCACAAUGAAAUUCCUCCAUCUAUACGAUCAGUAUCCAAUAGACUGCUUGUGAAAUUUCAUUCCAAUUCAGCAGUAAAUGGCAAUGGUUUCUCUGCUUCUUGGGAAGCUGGUUGUGGCGCCCUUUUUACUCAGGACACUGGCAUCAUUCUUUCUCCUGGUUUCCCUGGCAACUAUGAGAACAAUCUUACAUGUAACUACACCAUUAUGGUGGACCCACAGAAGUUUGUGCUGCUGACAUUUGAUGAAGAAAAUUUCAAUAUUGAAGGUGGCACAGGUUGUCCGUAUGAUUACGUUGCCGCCUACACUGGAAAUGGCUCAGACUCCAACCUCCUUGGGAAAUUCUGCGGAACGACUGCCCCUGCUCCUGUCUCAUCUCUGGGGGUCAUGUUUAUCCAGUUUGUCACGGACAGCUCCAUAGUGGCACGAGGGUACAGAGCUACUUAUUCAGCAAUGGAAUGUGGUGGUGUGUAUACAGCCCCCCAGGGGACCAUAAGAACCCCACAACACCCCGUGAACUAUCAUCACAAUGCUAACUGUACCUGGUCCAUCACUGUACAGCCUGAUAGAGUGGUGGAACUGAAAUUCAACAUCUUUGACAUUGAGACUCACUCUAGCUGCAACUAUGACUACGUAGAUGUACGAGAUGGUAACAGCCUGACAUCUCCUCUGAUUGGACGAUUCUGUAGUAAUGUGAUCCCUGAGCCAGUGCGAACUACUGGGAACACCAUGACUGUCAACUUUGUCUCGGACGCCUCCAUCAAUGGCGCAGGCUUCACUGCUUCUUACAGGACUACUUUUGGUGUCCCACUUUGCGGUGGCUUCCUGAACGGCACCCAGGGAAGGUUCGGCUCCUUUGACAUUGACGGGGAUGGACUGUACGAGGAUAACUUGAACUGUGUCUGGCAGAUUGUGGGUCAGGACAACAAAGUGUUGAAUCUGACCUUUGAACCCAUGGACAUUGAAGCAGACAACACCUGUGACUAUGAUUACUUAGAGGUGAGAGACGGGCUAACGAGUGACGACCCUCUGGUGGGUAAAUACUGUGGAAGUCGCCCGUUGACCUACUUUGUGUCGUCCAGUAACAUGGUGUACAUCAAGUUUUAUACAGAUGGCUCUGUGGGAGGAAGAGGCUUCAAUAUUUCCUACAGACAGGUGGAUGCACUCUGUGGAGGAGUGAGAACAGCCACGACAUCCCCGCAGACGAUAUCCUCUCCUAACUACCCCAACUCGUAUCCACACAACCUGCGUUGUCGCUGGACCAUUGAUGCUGGACUUAACCAGCAGAUUGACGUCAACGUGACAGACUUCAAUGUAGAGAACCAUGCCAACUGUCAAUAUGACUACUUAGAGUUAAGAGAUAAACCUUUGGGAGACAAUGGUCAGAUCCUGAUGUAUUGUGGCAGUCAGUUACCCCCAUUGUUCACUAGUAAAGGGAGAACCAUGCAGAUUAACUUUGUCACUGAUGCCUCUGCAACAGCCCCCGGCUUCUCUCUCACCUAUCAAGUGGCUUCCUGCAACAGAACUCACAGUGGCUCCACAGGCCGAGUGACCAGCCCAGGGUGGCCGGGACGCUAUCCCAGUUACUCUCGAUGUUACGUCGUCAUUCAAUCCCCACCUGGCACGUACCUGUCUCUAUACUUCAACUCUUUCUACAUAGAACCACACACAUCUUGUAACUUUGACUACCUAGAGAUUCGUAAUGGUUCAGAUGCCAGUGCUGGUCUGGUAGGGAAGUAUUGUGGUAACACCCUCCCAGACCCUGUGUUUGCCACUGGGAACUCUAUCUGGAUGUUCUUCCUCACUGAUAACUCUGUUACACAUCCAGGAUAUGAUAUCACAUUUGCUUCCAGCUCUUCAGCACCAGGUUGUGGCGGUACCUUCAAAGACAGCUACGGCAGUUUCACAUCUCCACUGUACCCACAACCAUAUACCAACAACAGAAACUGUACAUGGCUGGUGCAGGUGCCUGCCAGGAAGGUGGUCACCAUCACCUUCACUGCCUUCAAUAUUGAAUAUCACGACAGCUGUAACUAUGACUGGGUAGACGUGUAUGACGGACCCUCCACCUCGUCCACGCGGGUGGGACGAUACUGUGGAGAUUCAAUGCCAGCCGAAUUCACAGCCUCAGGUAGAGCAGUUACAAUCUUUUUCCGCUCAGACCAGUCUCAAACUGGUCCAGGGUUUAGGAUAGCAUACAGUUCCUCACAGCCAGCUCUCAUGCAGUCAGCAGACAAGUCUUCAAUAGGGUGA